AUGCGCCCAUUGACUGACGAGGAGACAAAGACGUUUUUUGAGAAGUUGGCGAAGUACAUCGGGAGAAACAUUAAACAGUUAAUCAGCAACAAAGAGGACGAGUAUUGUUUCCGUCUUCAGAAAGACCGUGUGUACUAUGUCCGCUUAGACGUCGCUAACAAAGCAAGUCCUUUUGCUCGUGACAGUAUCAUUUCUCUUGGGACAUGUUUUGGAAAGUUCACAAAAAGUGGACAAUUCAGAUUACAUAUCACUGCUCUCAAAUAUCUUGCUGAGUAUUGUCCAAACAAGGUCUGGGUAAAGCCAGAGGCUGAGAUGUCAUUCAUGUACGGCAAUCACUUGGUCAAAAGUGGUGUCUCCAAAAUUACUGAGGGGAUGGCCAAGAAUGUCGGGUGUGUCAUGUUUAAUGAAAACGAAAUUCCUAUUGGCUUCGGAACAACUGCUAUUUCAGGAAUCGAGUUCGCAAGAAUCGGCCUCACUUCAAUGGUUUGCUUUAAUCAGGGCGAUAUUGGAGAAUACCUUAGAGAAGAAGAUACUCUUAUGGUCCAGAACUAA